AUGGUGUUCAAAGAAUUCAAAAAACCCAAAGUUUCACAUGAAAGGAGUGUAAUUUUGAGAAAUUAUAACAAAUACGAUGGACAUCAAUAUGUUGCCAUAAGUCCAAAUGGUAACUGGAUAGUAGCGUUAAACACCAAAUCUUAUCAAAUAAAAUUAUAUAAGUUUGAAGAUCUAAAAAAAGCAUAUAUGAUAAUGAAUUUUGAUGAUAGAAAUAUCAAAAUCCCCUUUUUAAAAAAAAAUUGGAGCUUGACCGUUUCCAAUGAAUUUAUUUUGACCGAUGGAACUGUCGAAGUAUUAAUUGCCGUAUCUUGUUUUGAUCAUGAUGAUAUGAAAGUAAAAAAGAACAAGAGUAAAUCACCACAACCACCUUAUAAUGAAGAUUCUUCAGUUGAAGAAGCUGAUGUCAAUGUGAAUGAUAAUGACCAAGAUAAAUCUUCAACAUUCAUCAUUGCUACCGCACGACAAUUGAAAAUCGCCUCCCCAAUUAAUAAUAAGGGUGGGAUAAUUAAAUUUUUGGACACUAAAAAUGAUGACGAUACAACCGAGUUAGUUCUUAUCAAUGCGCGCGGAAUAACUAAAGCCUCCAUAAUACAUGGUACAAUUGGAAGUGUAAAUUAUAAUAGGAAAAGUGAUUAUUCCAACUUUUUUUAUUCUAAUAAAUUAAUUGAAAAAUUUAAUUUUCCAAAAAGUUUUUAUGAGGAAUUGAAAAGGUUACCAAAAAAUGAAACAUGUGCUUAUUUCAUUCAUCGUUGUCUGAUAAAGGACUGCGAUGAUUGGCAACCUGAACCUUUACUUGUCAUCGUAAUUUGGGAUCUAUUUAGUAGUUCUGAUAAUUGUGUUAGAAGAAUUUAUGAUACUUCCUCAUUAUUUUCCAUAGAAAACGCAUAUCUUCAAAGAUUAGCUUUCGUUUCAGGAAAACUCAUAAUAAUCACUGAAGAUGGAACGAUUAUUUCGGCAUUAGAACAAUUAAAUAUUGAUAAAUUAUUGAAUCCUGAAAAUAAUAAUACAAGAAACGUAAUUAACACGACUUCACCUGAAAAAUUUGGCAUCACUUCUACAUCAACCACAACUAUUACCUUAACAGAUUAUCAUUUAUCUUAUGAUCUUCUUGGAAAUCGUUUAGACCAUGAAACUGUUCAAGCGAUAGUUGAAGAUACUGAACCUUGGCUACAAAACAAGUAUUAUAAUCGUACCACGGUUUAUCUUGAUGAGAGUAAUUCUACUCAAUUAAUUAUUGGAGAAUCGACCGUUCAAGUUUGGCGCAAAAGAAAAGGAAUUGCUACUGAUUCUUCACCUAAAAGAAUUCUAGAGUAUAUUUGGACAAAUCCUUUUCAAGAAAUGCAAAUUCAAUCUUUGCAAGUUGCUUAUAAGGAAUUCUCUUUAGUAGUAUAUAUUCCUUCUGAAAUUUCUCCUGGACUACAAGUUAUAAUUGAAUGGCCUGAUAAAGUUAAUGUUCCGGUAGACGCAUGCAAAGCUUUGAGAUUUCUAGAUCAGAAAAGUAAUCAACCUUCGGGUUCAAAUUAUCAACACACUUUUGAAAAUAUUAUUCAACAAACUGAAAAUAUCAUCAAAAAGUAUAUAGUCAGCAAAAGUGGAUUAUGGAGAAUGCUGGAUAUUCGUUAUGAUCUUAUGGCCCAUCUCAUUCGAGGUAAUCGUGUUUCCAUUGUCAAAAAUAUUUUAUCUUUUAAAUAUAAAAAUGGAAUGAAAAAAAGUUUACAUAUUCCAAGACUUUAUUCUUGGGACGGGCGAGUCAAAGAAACAGAUCUUGAGAUCGCUAUCAAGUACUCGAAGGGAGAAUACCGUAAAGAUUCUGUUAUUGUGAAAUAUUUAUUAGAUUAUUAUUCUGAUAAUGCCACAAAUAAUUCGAAUUGGAUGUUUACAGUAUCCAAAGCAAUUCCCCUACUUUAUGAAUAUAAAUUAGCAUAUUUUGUUAAGGAAUUAUUUCAAAAGCCUUGCUUUGGUUCUAACGAAAUUUACUUGAAUGGUUCGGAUAUUAAUAUUGAAGAUAUAAUUGAUAGUGAUCAUAAGAAUAUCCAUGCUUUAAAUAUAGAUAUAGGUCUCAUCAAGAGAAAUGACUUUAAAAAAAUGAUUUUUCGAAAAGAACAAAGGUAA